AGGCUCCCGCCGCCCUUAUUCCAGAUGGAGAGCGUCUCCGACAUCACGCCGUCUCGUUGUUCCAGCUCUUCACCGGAGUUUCCGGAGCACGCCAGCGGAAGCCGAGGCUACACAGGACGGACUCCCCAAGGGCGCAACCGCCGUCAAAGCCGGUGCCGCUGCCGGCGUCACUCGCGGCCCUCAGCCGCCUUAGGCGAGGAAGACGCGGACGAUCUGAUUGUUUUGAAGGGUUGGGGAUCUGCGGAAAGCUCGCAUACAUUGCACGAUCCUGAGCAGAUUCUUUGCUGCUGGCAAUCUGAACAUGACAGCGCGAUAAGCUGGUUAGCCAGGAGCCGCACACCUGCACCCAAUGCGCUAGAAAAUUGGAGAAACAUCGAGGAGACUGCGAGCAUGCAAUAGAGAGCCAAGACAUGGCAUGAGCGAAAUCACUCUGUGUUCAGAUCAGAAUCAGAUGAUAACACACGGCUUGCCUGGGAGCCUGGAGCUGGACUGCUGGAGAUGAGGGAAGUCAACAUGCUGCUCACUCGUCCACCGGCAACUUGCUUCUUAAUUAAUCCAUCAUAUUCUGGAUCUGAUGCGGCGGUUCUAAUCUUGAUGCUCUUCACCCGUGCAGGUGAUUGUCGCCAAUAACACAGACAUGACAGCCUCAUAAUCAAGCUCAAUUAAGGAUGCUUCUUGGGCAGUGUCUUCUGUUGCAGCUCCCAACCUGAUUACACAUGAGAAUGAUUCUUGUUGUCUGCUGGUUCAGCUCUUCAAUUGCUUCACCAUCUAUCGUUAUAUAAAGAGGAAACCAUGGCCAGAAAGAUACCAUUGCAGCAAAGCAGUAGCAGCUUGCCUUCUCUUGUUCCAGCGAAAAGACGCUUCACGGCUUCUAUUGCAACCAUGGCCUACCAUCUGAGGUCCACCAGUGCGCCUUCUAGCCCUCGCUCCAACAAAACCAGCGUUGAGGAACAGCUACAGAGCCUGAAGGCAACCAUUGCGCUGCCUUCAGCAACUGUCCAAACCAUGAGCGACAGUCUGACUAAGCUGGGGAGCAUCUACAGCUGCAUCGACAAGCUCACUUGCUUGCCCAGCAGCCAGAGGAAGGCGGCAGAGGAGGAGCUUGAGCGCUCUCUCGUCCUGCUCGAUCUCUGCAAUGCCAUGCAAGAGAGCUUUGCGGAGCUCAAGACUAGUGUUCAGGAGAUGGAGUUGGCUCUCAAAAGAGGAGACGAUGUGGCUGUUCAGGCAAGGGUUCAGUCUUACUCCCGCGCAGCCAAGAAGGCACAGAAGCAGUUCAAGAAGAUCAACUGCAAGGCUGCUUCUUACAUUGAAGGAGGCAGGGUGGUCAAACUGUUGUCUGAAGCAAGAGAGAUCACGCUCGUGAUCCUCGAAUCAACACUGCAACUCCUGUCGAAGCAAGUUGCAAUGCCAAGUUCUGGCAAGUGGUCUCUUGUAUCCAAGGCGUUCCAGAAGAAGAGGGUUGUGUGUGAGGAGGAGCAAUUGCAGAUGUUGGAGUUGGACAUUGUUGAUCUUGAGAGCGGAGUUGAGACUUUGUUCAGGAGGUUGAUCCAGUGCAGAGUCUCUCUUCUGAAUGCUCUGAGCCUGUAGAUCCAUCAUAAAACAACCCUAACCCUGCGAUUAGCAUCCAACUUUAGAGGAUUUGCUGAUCACCCAAACAAUUUUGGCUGUGUAUACAUAUAUAUAUAUGAGAGAAAGUGUACAGAAAAUUACUUG